GUAUAAAAGACGUUAUGGCCAUUCCAAUAGUCAUCAGUUCAGUUUGGUUCUUUGCAAAACAGUGUCUCAGCAGUUUUGAGAGCAUAGACGAAAGAGGAUAAGCUCGUUCUAGAAGUUAGACCACUUUAGUUAAACAAAAUAAAAUAAUCAUGAAGUGCUUCGUUGCCAUUGCUCUGCUUGCGGUUGCCGUAAGUGCAUCCCCGAUCGAAUACGGACACUACGGUGCUCCAGCUCUGCUGCACGCCCCAGUUCUGCACGCCGCUCCAGUUGUGAAACACGUCGUCGCCGAACCAGUCGCCUACCCGAAAUACUCGUUCAACUACGGAAUCAAGGAUCCCCAUACUGGAGACAUCAAGUCCCAGGCCGAGGAACGCGACGGUGAUGUUGUCAAGGGACAAUACUCGCUGGUCGAACCAGACGGUUCCGUGCGCACUGUCGACUACACCGCCGAUGACCACAACGGAUUCAACGCCGUCGUGCACAAAUCCGCCCCAGCUGUCCACAAGGUUGUAGCCCCGGUUGCCUACCACGCUCCUGGCCCACUGCUCAGCCACUACGUUCACUAAGAGCCUACCCGUACUGUAAGGGCAUCGAGCGGAGUUUGGCUCCGGCUAGGGAACCGAACGAAGCCCUUCCCGCUUAGUCACUCUCUCUCUGUCUCUCAUAAAAACAAAACAAAACAAAAAAGCCAAGCAACAAAACUGUCUCCGCCAAGAAGCUUCAACUCUUCAGUCGCGAGCAACCCUCAGCAACGUGAGGCAGCGCCGCCACCAAGUAACUACUACUCACUCGUAAAUCGUUAAACUACAACGGAUCAUACGCGCACACAACCACGCACCCACAAAGCCCGCUAUCAUCGAAUGUAAUCGUUUAUAUUAUUGUUAAGUUAUCAUCGAACUAUUCGCGGCUCGAACUUAGCCUGCUGUCUCUCAAUCACUGUCUCUGUCUGCGACGCGUUUCUCGUCCAUCUGUUGGCUACGAAACUAUUUCUUUUCCUGCUCUAUUCUAUCUAUUCUAUCCGUGACCUUCACCUUCCGACGUGCAGUACUGCGUACCGCGAAAACACCCACUUUCACUCUCGGUCCCGGCAAAAGUGCCAAAACACCGGAAUGAAAACAAAACAGUAAACACGACAUCGUCACGUUUGCUGCGAUCCGUGGCCGGGCUAGCCAUUUCGAAAGCACGUGCUUUCGCAAGCAACAUUUCAAGUCACUCAUUUUUUUUUCUCUGUUUCACGACGGAAGAAAAUAAUGUUGCACUACAUGAACCUGCUGCCAUCUGUGAGAAUAAAUCGGAUGAAGCAACAUUGAUAUUGAAAUCGUGUCAAAAGCCAUAUCAAGACAACUAGAAACGCGGGAAACGACUUUCAACCAACGGAGCAAGUCAAACUUUUGUCUUUCACCACCUCACGAAGGGGACUUAUUUUCAAGUUCCUUCCUCACUCUCACUCACUCUCUCUCUCUCUGCAGUGGAGUCGCUUCCUAUUCCAUCGCUUCCUUUUGCCAUCUAGCGAACGAUCUAAAAGCUGUCGUUGAGAGACUCCUGAGCAUUAAAGUUUGAGUGCUAGCAAUCGACCCCUUGAAUGUGAUAAUUGUUACCUUUUAUUACCUCUUACUACACAUACUUUCAAACUGAUCUUCUACUGUAACUAUCGAACUGAACUACUACUAUCUAGCUAUCACUAUCUGUUAUUUCUUUUUUAAAAGACCUUCGAUUGUGUAUAAACUUUCUCAAAACUAUCUAUUUAAAGAAGCUAGCAAUCUAUCUCCCCCUUAGUCAUCUGCUUUAAACAAAAUACGAGCAUACAUGGAAACGAUACUUGUUUUAUACAAAAAAUAUGUAUUUUUAUAAACAUUCGAAAAUUGCAUCCAGCCGCGUCCCCUAAGGGGAUAAGUGAGGAAAGCAAACUCAAAAAAAAAAUAAAUAUCAAACUGUAAAUACAGAUAUAUAAAAAAUAUAUAUAUUAAAAAAAUCUA